GGCCCGAAAAUUCCAGAAAGUACAUAACUUUCGUGGAACGCGUCGAUGUAGAAUGUCGGAAACUACUUCAGGUAGUGGAUCCAAACCCAAAGCUAUCUCAUCUUUAGCAAAAAGACCAUCAGAGGUCACUAGGCAGGGCACUCAGAAACUCAAAUUUGUCCCGACUCUUCCGGCUAGAAGGAGCAAGGAUGCGGUGAAAAUCGAACCAGUACCUGAUACUAUACCUGCGUCUUCAAAUGAUCGAGGUCGUGGUCGUGGGAGGGGUAGGGGAGAAGGAAGUGGUCGUGGCCGUGGUGGCCCACGGCCUCCUGUUGAGAUGGUGGCGAGUGGUCCAUUCGCUCUCGGUCCAGCGAUGGCGGGUACUUCCAGCUCCCGGCGUUUCGCUCAAGCAGCUACUCCAAUUCCGGCACCAUCAAAAACCAAGGCUUCCUCUCUCGGAGCUGGUCUAUCCCAAACCGCAGCACCUAAAAUCAAGCGAGAAGAACACAAGCUAGAGAAGGACGAACAGGACGAAGAGAUAUAUUCUGAUGCGGAUGAGGGUGUGGAGAUCAUCGAUAUGGAGAAUGUCGGUCAAAUGGAUUGGAUGGCUCCAGAUAGCAUAAUAAAGGAAAAAACCAAGAGACCGAAGAAAGAAGAUCCUGAUGCAACAGAAGUCAAUAUUGCAAAUGCUCUGGACGGUGAUGAAGAUGAAGCAGAUGAAAAGGACUUAGAAACCAUGUUUGAUGACUUCAACAAAAUGAACUAUGAUGCGGACAACGAUUCACAAUAUCUAUGUCUCUUUCAAUUUCCAAGCCCAUUCCCGACGUUCAGCGCACAGCUGAGCGAUACCAUGCAAACAGACGCGCCAGUGACCCCAGGAUCCAAGAAGGUGACUUUCGCGCCAGACGUGAAACUUGAAACAGAAGACCUGUCUUCGACUUCUGAAGUGAAAGAACUCGACGGAUUGAUAGGGCAUCUCGAAGUCUAUCGCAGUGGUGCCCGCAAAAUUCGAUUAGCAAAUGGAAUUGUUCUUGAUGUUAGCCCUGCUUCGCAACCUUCUUUCCUUGAGCAUGCGGUGCAUCUUGACAUGAAAGAGAACAAACUCGCAAUUCUUGGGGAGUUAUUCAGGCAUUAUCUAGUCGCACCCGAUAUCGACGCUUUAUUGAAUGCGAUGGAUGCUCUCGAUAGUGGAUCCCAGACAGUUCUGGCAGGCGAAGAAAAUCUCAUACGCAUGGACAUCACUUGAAAUCUCAGGCCGUAUGGUGUGUGUUGAUUUAAGUACAAGCAACACUAAGUAUCGUAUAGUAGUUAAGUAAACUAAGGAUGAAUCGGUGGUCUUGAUCUCGCCUGCAGCUGCGCUCGUUAGUCUUCAUCGUCGCUUGCUUCCUUUGCAAUAUUUCCUUCGUGAUACAUAGAUUCAUUGAACGCAGAAAAAACAAUGCCUGGAUACUUAAUGGCCUUUUAACGGGAGGAUUAUGCAAACCCAAAUGCUGACAGCCGUGACUACAGCACAUCCU